UAUAAAUUUUCUUUUCAUCGAUGUGAAAAAUGAAAACAUUCGCACAUGUAUUUAGUUUUAGUUAGUGAUUUUGAUAUCAAAUCACUGUUAAAUAUGUAAAAUUAUAUUUUGUGACAUUCGUGAAUUUUGAUUAUUGUUAACUGGGCAAAAACUAAGAACAACGAUUCUGGAGCAUACGCCGGAGAACACACCUUCCUUCCUAUGUAAAAUUAUAGGAUAGAAUACAUUCUUUAAAAAUGAAUGAUAAUCAGGAAUUUGUUUUACCGUUAAGUAACAAGAACCUCUUGCCAAAAAAUAAUUUAGAUAGAGGUCUGUUUAUUUUGAUGUCUGUCGGCAUUCCAUCUGUAACGAUAUGGGAGUUGACAAUUUUAUUCAGAUUUUAUCCAGAACUGAAUUUCAACUGUGUUUGUCACUUAAUUGUACAGUCUAUUUUAUUUAUAAACAUUCUGAGUAAUUUGUUUUAUUUACAAAGAGUUGACUCAUCAGGAAAAAGGAAAAAAUUGCCACAUGUAUUACAUGCAAAUUGGAAAUAUUGCCAUUUUUGCCAAAUAAAUUCACCCCCUAGGUCAUAUCACUGCCCUAUAUGUGAUGAAUGUAUAUUAAAACGAGAUCAGCAUUGUAUGUUUGCUGGUUGUUGUGUUGGUUUUUAUAACCACCGAUAUUACUUAUUGGCAGUUACAUAUAUUAUGCUCGGUUCUUUGUACUAUUCAAUCCUGCAGGGGCCUCAUGUCUUUGAAAUUAUUGGUGGUUACCAUUGGAUGUCUAUUGUGUGUAUGUUAGCUCCACAUAUAGCUGUCUUAUUUGGACUACUUAGUAUUUAUGGUUUUAUCUGUGCAAUCACACAAAUUAUUUUAAGCUGUGUGCUUGUUCUUACUACUUAUUUAUUCUGUGUUCAGAUAAUGUGUAUUGCUCAAGGUCAAACUAUUCAUGAGAACAGAGCAGGUAUCACUCUUUAUGACUUAGGAUGGAAAAAAAAUUUUAUUCAAGUAUUAGGCAGAAAAUGGUAUUUAGCUAUCAUUUUUCCAUUUGCUUCAUCGCCAGUAGAUGGUGAUGGCAUAAAUUUUCUUACAUUUUAUGAUUUGAAUGAAAUUAAAAAUGUUUGAUCUUUGAAUAUUUAUUGUAUUCAUUUCUGUGCUAAGCAUUGUAAGGCAGAAAAAUUUGUCAUAUUAAUUUGCCAUUUUGUUGUGCUUUGUGAUCAAAUAUUUUAUAAUAGUAACUCUUAAUAUUUCAAGUUUUUUUAAAAAAAUUGAGUGUUAGAUUCUUUUUUUAAACAUUAAGUGUAUAGGAAUGAUACGUUGUUUCUAUACAUUAGAUUCCAUGAUUUUUCCAGUAUUUAAAAGGCUUUUAUUUGUUUUAGAGAUAAAAGAAAACCUGUUUCUAAGUAUUCAAUAUCAAAAAUAUCUAUUGAUCAAAUAUAAACCGCUUGCAUGAUAUUUUUAUAAUAUUCUUGUUAAAUGCAAAAACAGUAAAAAUGUGGCUAAAAGUAAAGUUAGUAAUUAAAAAAAAAGAUUAUAAAAUGCAGAUUUUUCAGCUUGGAAACUGUUAAAACUGUAAUAAUAUAUAUGUUACUACAUUUCACUGAUAAGUUUUGAAAUAUUUUAUUUAAUAUUUGAAACUCGUAAUCUUGGUUCUAAGUUUUUGGAACAGUGUAUGUUCAUUUUUAAAUAUUGCAAAAAUGUUUUUCCUUUUAAAAAUACCAUUAAAAAAAUGCCACAACUACCAUGAAUAUUGGUAGAAUAUCUUCCUAUGGACAAAUCCAAGAAUUUUACAAAAGGAUCAUGAAAGAUUUGUGAUAAUAUUUUAUCGGUAAUGAUAAAAUGGCUUUCAGUUGCAUAGAGUUUAUAAAAGAGGGAAAUUUUACAUUGAAAACAAGGUCUUCUUAGAUGUUCUUGGAAGAUACUGAUGAACACCUAUUUUAAUAAACAGAAAUCUAUUUUAUAAAUUAAUAUAUUUGUGUAUGUCAUUAUUGUUAAGUUUGAUUUUUACAAAACUUUAAGAUUUGCUGUUGAGUACAAUGACUUUUUUUUUUUUUUUGCUAUAAUUUAAUUGAUAUAUUUGUAUGAUUAGAUAAAGUAGUUAUAAGUUGUUUUGGAAAUAUUUGUAUAUUUCAUCAGUAUGAAAAUAAUUUUUAUUAUACAAAUGUUAUUUUCUGAUGUUUAAAUUACUUUUCAAGCAAAUUUUUUAUUUUAUUAGAAGUCUUUUUUUUUUUUUUUUUUUUUUGCAGAUUAGUUGCCAAUGUUAAUUAUGUUUAUUAGAAGCUAAUUUCUUAAAAUAUUGUUCAGGUGAAUACAUUUUGAUUGAAAGAUAGGUAAGGAAUAACAAAAUAAAAGAGCUUAUCCCUGAUAUCAUGUUUUAUAAAUAAAUUUUAAAAUGUUCAUAGUUUCAAUGGUUUGAAAUCCCUGAAACUAAUUUUCUUCUUUUUACAGAUAUUCUGUACAUUUCAGCUAUAGAGAUUAAUAUACUAGUCUUGUAUAUUCAUGAACAGAGUUUCAAAUGUGUUUAUUUAAUGAAUUCUUCAGAAUUAUUACUCUAAAAAUAUUAGAGUCACCAAUGAAUUUCUGUUGUUUUAGUUAAUUAUUUUUAUUUUUGAAUUUUUGAUUUUUAUUGUGUUUUAAGUAUAAGGUUUAUAUAAAGAUAUAAGCCUUUUCUGUUUAGACUUCCAAUCCAUAUCCAAGCCAUAAAAUUUUGACUUCCAAAUGAGCGUUUGUGUUAUUUAUUUUGUUGAUUUUACUGCAGAGAUUAAAACUGAGCUUAAGUUAUUUUUAGUAAGCUCCAGAGUACAAUCCGACUAUACCUGAUUAUUUUUAGUUGAUUUUAUUUACUUGAUUGAUGCUUUCAAAGUAUGAAGAUGUUUCAAAUGUUCCAAGUAAAUUCUCAGGAAAUAGUUUGAGGAACUGAGAAAUAUUUUUACCUCAAUUAUAAAAAUAUUUUAUUAUUAUUGUGAACCAUGAUUGUGAUGCUUUAGCCAUGUCAGUUGUCUUAUUAUGUCGAAUUUACUUGAAAUUCAAGCCAAACUAAUAUUAGUGAAUACCUGUAUACUUAACAGUUUUGUAGUUCAUAGUGUUUAUUUUUCAGUUUCUAAUGAUAUUUUUGUUUAUUUGUUCAAAUGUUUAGUUUCCUUUUGCUUUUAUUAUUCAAACAGUAUUCUUUAUAUACUUGAUUUGUUUUAACAGAUUUUUUUGUGUUUAUUUUUUAUGUGU